AUGAAGAUGUCUACAUGCAUCUUCCUCCUGGUUUUGGACAAAAGGGGGAGACCAGAAUCUGCAAGCUUAACAAGUCUCUAUACGGUCUCAAACAAGCAUCCAGACAUUGGUAUGCUUAAUUAUCUUUCACACUUAAUCAAUGUCGGUUAUAAGCAAUCUAAAGUAGAUUACUUUAUGUUCAUCCCAUCUCACGAAACAAGUUUCACCAUUGUCUUGGUCUAUGUUGACAUUAUUUAUUUGGCAGAAAACAACUUGGAACAGAUCAACGGGCUUAUGAAACACUUGGGAGAAUGCUUCAAAUUGAAGGAUCUUGGCCCCUUGAAAUACUUUCUAGGGAUAGAGGUGGCUCGUUCCAAAAUUGGAAUUUUCCUAUCACAAAGGAAAAAUGCCUUGGAGAUACUUGAGGAGACUGGUUUCCUUGGGGCUAAACCAUGUAAUCUACCAAUGGAACCAAACCUGACACUUAGUGAGACGGAUGACAAACUUAACUUGAAUCCAGCUUCAUAUCGAAGACUGGUUGGGAAACUGAUAUAUUUGACUAUCACUGGACCAGAUUUGGCAUAUGCAUUGCACACAUUGAGCCAGUUCAUGGAUAAGCCUCGAACUUCCCACUUGGAUGCAGCAUGUCAGGUUUUGCGCUAUCUCAAACAGUUGUUUGGGCAAGGAAUUCUUUUGUCAGCUUCUAAUGGUAUUCAAUUACAUGCAUUUUGUGAUGCCAAUUUGGCUCAGUGCAGAGAUAUUCAACGAUCUGUUACUGGGUACUGUAUUUUACUAAGAAAAUCACUGAUCUCUUGGAAAACCAAGAAGCAAACGAUAAUUUCACGAUCCUCAACUGAAGCAGAAUACCGCUCUAUGGCAUCAACCUGUUGUGAAAUUAUUUGGUUAAAGCAAAUUUUGACAGAUCUCCAAAUAGCUCUCCCACAACCAAUCAAGUUGUAUUGUGAUAAUAAAGUUGCUAUUCACAUCGCAUCUAAUCCAGUUUUCCACGAGUGA